AUGGAUAAUAAUUUAAUAUGUAGCAUUAAUUGCGAGGGGGAGAUGAACGUUUUAGAUGAGGGUUUAUACACAAAACUGAAGCUGUAUUGUCCCGAUAUUCCAAGUUUAACAUUAGGAAUUUUGGGCGCCAUGAAACAAUCAAAAGAAAAAAUGGAACAAGAUGAGUCACUGAGAAGAAUGGUAAUAAAUUUAUCGUCAGUAUCAUUAUCAGUUAUAGUAAAAGAUUCAUUGAUUUAUAUAUAUUUAAUGUGA